AUGGUGCUCGUCCCAGGAUUGCUUCCGCCCUCGCGCGAGAAUUGGGUCAUCAUCAACAACCUCUGGCAGUUCUUCCCCGUCGUGACUGGCAUCCAAUGGCUCAUUGACUACUAUCCCCAAGGCAAGACGUCGGUCGAGUCGCGCUUCAAUCUUCCUGGAAAAUGGGCUUGGGCUAUCAUGGAGGCCCCAGGCUUCAUCACCCUGCUCUACAACAUGCGGGCGCUGCCUACUGAGCUCGGUCUGGGUCCCUUGCCCUGGGUCAACUGGACCAUGGCUGGCCUCUACUCCAUCCACUACUUCUACCGCGCCAUCCUCUCCCCACUCUUCCUCAACCCAAGCAUGUCACCCAUCCACCCUCUGGUCUUCGUCUCGGCUCUAGCCUUCAACCUGACCAAUUCGCUCUGCCUGUCCGGCUGGCUCGCCGGCUACGGCCCCACCACCGUCCACGACUGGGCCGGCCGCCUCUACUGGAUCCAAGCCGGCCUCGUCGUCUGGGGUUGGGCUCUCCUCGGCAACAUCUUUCACGACGACGACCUCCGCGAGAUCCGCCGUUCCGCCCUGCGCCGCCAAAGAGAGCAAGCCAAGAAAGACAACAAGCCCAUCGAAGGUGUCCAGAAACUGUACAUGAUGCCCAAGAACGGUCUUUUCCACUAUGUCUUGUUCCCUCACUACCUUUGUGAGUGGAUUGAGUGGACGGGCUUUUGGAUGAUUGGAGGUUUGGCAUGUACUCCGGCCAGAGCGUUCCUCUUGAAUGAGAUUAGCACUAUGCUGCCUCGUGCACUGCAAGGAAGACGUUGGUAUAUUCAGAAGUUUGGCAAGGACAGAGUUGGCAAUCGCAAGGCUGUCAUUCCUGGUCUGAUCUGA